ACCAUGAAUUGCAAGCAAAAAUCAGUUGAAAGGUGACUCAUUUCCUGGUCUGGGAACUUCCCCACAAACCCAACUUGUUAAAACCUCCACACCACCAGCAAAACCAGACCAAACUCCCAUCUCUGCAAGCAUCCCAUAUUUUUCUCCACAAUGUGUUUACUUCCCUCAUUUUCCCACACCAAAGGUUUCCCAAGAAAACCCAGCCUGCAAAACCCCUAAAACAGCAAGAAAAUGUAGCUACAAAGAACACAGAUCCAGAUCAACUCACCCAAAACCCACACUCAAGGAAAAAAGAGAAAAUACCCGUCAACAAAAAAGAACAAGCAAACAAACAAAAAAUUCACCAAAACCCCUCAACAUUAUCCAAGAACAACACACAAAACCACCAUACUAGUUUCAGAGAAGAACAACACUCUUAUUACAAGUUUACCGGCAACCUGUAACUUAUUUCUUUUUUUUCUUUUUUUCUUUUUUAAAUACAUAAGCCAGUUGGGCGGUCCGGAUUGAACCACCUUCAUCCAAUAGCCAAAAAUGUUUUUUCGAUAGGUACCGAAGUAGUACCAUAGAAUUUUCCAAGAUUUUUAUAUGCUCUUGUUUUUUAAAUCAAGCAGGUUUGCCCUCUUCACUGCUUUACUCCUACAGGUUGCUGGUCCGUUUUCAUCUUCUUCUUCUGUCAUUAAGUUCGGCGCCACCAAUGGCAGACUCAACGCCUUCUCAGAGUAGCAUGGAUCGGAGAAGCUCAUCGUGGCCUUUGGGUCUUCUCACUUUGAUCUUGGCUCCAGUUGCAGCAGCCAUGCUUCUCUACCAACUCGACCCCUAUGACCCAGCUCCUGUCCCCAUCCACGAGUUUUCACAGCAACCCAUGGUCGUGCCCAAGCUCAACCCUCGCAUGCUACAAGGAUCGGAGAUGAUUGGGGUUGGGAAGCUUUUGAGUCCAGAGGACAUUGCCUAUCAUCCCGACUCACACCUCAUCUAUACCGGUUGUGAUGAUGGCUGGGUCAAGCGAAUCACCUUGAACGAUUCCAUGGUACAGAACUGGGCUUUCACCGGAGGACGACCCCUCGGCGUGGCUCUCGGCCGCCACGGUCAACUUGUUGUCGCUGAUGCCGAAAAGGGUCUAUUGGAGGUAACUGCAGACGGUAUGGUGAAGACGUUGACCGAUGAGGCUGAGGGUCUAAAAUUCAAGCUAACUGAUGGUGUGGAUGUGGCGGUUGAUGGCAUGAUUUAUUUCACAGAUGCUUCCUAUAAAUAUGGCUUGAAAGAACAUAUUCGGGACAUUUUGGAGGGUAGGCCCCAUGGUAGACUAAUGAGUUUUGACCCAUCAACUAAAGAGACCAAAGUGCUGGUUCGCGACCUGUUCUUCGCUAAUGGAGUUGUCGUCUCACCUGAUCAAAAUUCUGUGAUAGUAUGUGAAAGUGUCAUGAGAAGGUGCUUAAAAUACCACAUACAAGGUGAAAGAAAAGGAUCAGUGGACAAGUUCAUUGAUAAUUUACCGGGUCCACCUGACAAUAUCCUAUACGAUGGCGAAGGACAUUAUUGGAUUGCAUUGCCUAUGGGAAACUCAUUGGCUUGGGAUUUGGCAUUGAAAUAUCCUUGGAUCCGAAAGGUUGUGGCAAUCAUGGAGAGGUACAAAGUAAGGCCUCAUAUAGAGAAAAAUGGAGGGGUUUUGGCUGUUGAUUUGGAAGGAAAACCAACUGCAUAUUAUUAUGAUCCUAGUUUGUCAGAGGUUACAAGUGGAGUGAAGAUUGGGAAUUAUUUAUAUUGCGGUUCCAUUACAAAACCCUACAUGAUCCGCCUUGAUCUUCAUCAACAUGCUGCGCGUGCCACCAUGUGACUGAGCGAGUGGCCCUUGUCGAAAUCAUGGAGAUGCAAAGAAAAAGUUCUAAUUAAGGAAAGUCGACAUGCAGUUUUUAGAAGAUGGUCCUAAUAACAAUGGAGGAAGACUAUGGUAUGACAUGGAUCAACUACCAAAGUCCCUCUUAGAAAUGUUGUGUGGGGUUGAAUUGAUUGUAAAUCCUAUGAAUUGCAAUGGUUGAUUGGCUGCAAAUCGUAUGAUAGGGUCCAUCCCAAAGUUCAUGCAAA